CCGGCCAAAAUGAAGAGUGUCCUGUUGGUAGUUGCAGCUUUGGCUGUGGUUAGUGCUGAAUGGAUCGAAGUCAAUUGGUCCCAGGUUAAACCGAUCGAAGAAUUCGACCAUUACUGGGCUCGUAUACCGCAGGAAUGGCAGUUCUUGCGAAAACUAACGCCAUCUCGCCGUGUCACCAAUGGACAGGAGGCCACUCGUGGUCAAUUCCCGUACCAAGUUGCACUGCUCAGUAAUUUUGCCGGUGGUACCGGUCUCUGCGGAGCAACAGUUUUGACUAAUCAAUACAUUCUAACUGCGGCUCAUUGUGUCCAGAAUGCUCAAGGAGGACUUGCCAUUGUCGGAGCUUACGACCGUACGGUCAAUGAGGCAUCUCAGCAGAGAAUCGGAUACGGAGCAAGUGGCAUCAGAAUCCACGAAGGAUAUACUGCCACCAACAUCAGAAACGACGUCGCCGUUGUACGCUUGGACAAUUCCAUUAUUUUCGGUAAUUGGAUAACGCCAGUUCGCAUCCCCAACUCGGCCGAUAGCCGUCAUUUCGCGGGACAAACCGGAACGGUGUCCGGAUUCGGACGGUUUUCCGAUGCCAGUACGUCUACGUCCGCUCUAAUUCGGUUCGCUAGCAACCCCAUCCUGACCGAGGCGGACUGUUUGCAGCGUUGGGGCAACAAUGGUAACCUGAUCCAGCCGCAGAACAUUUGUCUCUCCGGCGAAGGAGGCCGUUCGGCUUGUAACGGUGACUCCGGUGGUCCACUGACCAUCACUGAGGAUGGCAACACACUGCAGGUCGGCAUCGUUUCGUUUGGAUCGGCCGCUGGCUGCUCGAUUGGAAUGCCGUCGGUGUACGCGCGUGUCACCCAUUUCCGCCAGUGGAUCGUUAACAAUUCCGAUUAUCAAUAA